AUGUGUAAAGAGUUAUACAUGUACCACAGAUCAUGUGGCGGCGAUGGAACCAAACUCUGUAUAUGCGACAAAUCAUGUCCAUAUUACGAACCAUACUUCGCCAGUACCUGCCAUUCCGUCUGGAUGAACACCGAAGAUCCUGACAGAAGCAAGCAAUGCCGCAAAAGAGUGAUGGAUGAUGAGAGGGACAGGAAAGGUGCUAUCAUACCAGUUGCUGCGUGUCAUGGCUGUCCUGGACACAAACAUCAUAUGAAGGGUGCUGAUUUACCACAACCUGAUCCAAAUCAUCAAUCAGCAAGAGCAAAAGAAGCAGCGUAUAAGAUGGAGAAACGGGAAACUAUCAUAUCAAGGUAUAUGUUAUAG